AUGCCUGGCGGAGCCUGCGCGCUGGCCACCGCGCUGCUGAUGCUCCUGGCCCCGGGGGAAACUCAGGAGUGCUCUCCUGGGGGACACCAGUUUCUUCGGAGUCCUUAUAGAAGUGUCCAUUUUGACUCAUGGCAGCUCCAGCAGUCAGCUGUUCAAGACCUAAUAUGUGACCAUUCCCUCUCCCCUGGAUGGUAUAGAUUUCUCAUCUUUGACAGACCUGCUGAGAUGCCAACCAAAUGUGUUGAGAUGAACCAUUGUGGAACUCAGGCACCCAUCUGGCUGUCUCUGAGAGAUUCAGAAACACUGCCACCUCCUGGGGAGAUGAAGCAAUUGUCAGCUUGUGCCACAUGGCAGUUUUUGUUCAGUGACACAAAAGACUGCUGUCUGUUUCAAAUCCCAGUGUCUGUAAGAAACUGUGGGAACUUUUUUGUGUACUUACUGCAACCAACUCAGGGAUGUAUGGGCUAUUGUGCGGAAGCUAUUUCUGAUGCACAGUUAUACCCAUGUGGCCCUGAUGAAACUGAAAUAGGAGGUGAUUGUGUUGGUCACCUGGCUGCCCCAUUUCCACCUCCACUUGCAGGAAGACCAGAGGUUCUGGUGGAGGUGAUUGAGUCCAGGAUUUUCUGUAGAUGUUCUUUUGAUGUUCCCCCUACAAACAACUCAGUGGGAUUUUACAUUGCUUGGUCUAGGCUUUCUUCUCAAGAAGUCAAAGAGGAGCUGAAACAAGAGACCACGGUUCAGGCAUUCUCUCUUUUAGAACUUGAUGGCAUAAAUCUCAGACUUGGAGACAGGAUACUCUGUCGCGCUUCUGUUUUUUUCUUGGAGAAUCCAGAUGUACAAAGUAUAGCCAUUGAAAGCCAAGAAUUUUUUGCAGGCAUUAAGCUACAGCCUGAAUUGAACACUAUAUCAGAGGAUGGCAAAGAAUACUACCUGAGGAUAGAAAGCACAGUUCCUAUCAUUUGUUCUGAAUUUAGUGAGCUUGAUCAAGAAUGUAAAAUCUCAUUAAAACUGAAAACUAUUGAUCAAGGUAAAGAGCACCUAGGCUUAAAUUUGGCACUGUCUUCCUGUCAUAUGGACCUUCACCAGACAUCUUCCUGUGCUAAUGGAACCUGUAGCCAUACUUUUGUGUACUACACUGCUGUCACAGAUUUCUCUCGAGAUGGAGAUAGAGUUACAAGCAUUGUAGUGCAACCAAUAGUUAAUGAGGAUUUCCUGUGGAACAGCUACACCCCAGACAGCAUCCAGAUCAGAGUAAAGGAUGUCCCAACUGCUUACUGCUAUUCAUUUACUGACCCACAUAUAAUUACAUUUGAUGGCAGGGUAUAUGAUCAUUUCAAGACUGGAACGUUUGUGCUUUAUAAGAGUACAUCACGUGAUUUUGAAGUCCACGUACGUCAAUGGGACUGCGGAAGCCUUCACUACCCAGUGUCAUGUAAUUGUGGAUUUGUUGCCCAAGAAGGAGGUGAUAUCGUUACUUUUGAUAUGUGCAGUGGUCAGCUACAUGAAUCACAACCAUAUGUACUCGUAAAAAGCCAAGAUGUAACCAGGAAUAUCAAGAUAAGUGAAUCUUACUUAGGAAGAAAAGUCACAAUCUGGUUUUCUUCUGGGGCAUUCAUCCGUGCCGAUCUUAGUGAAUGGGGCAUGAGUCUAACGCUCAGAGCCCCUGGUGUAGAUUACAGAAACACUCUGGGACUUUGUGGAACUUUUGAUGAAAACCCAGAGAAUGAUUUCCAUGACAAAAAUGGGAUCCAAAUUGAUGAAAAAUUUAACAAAUAUGUUGCUUUUAUUAAUGAAUGGAGGAUUUUACCAGGAAAAAGCAUGUUUGACAUACCGCCAAUUUCUAUGACGUCACCUGAAAAGCCAUCCUAUUGUAGCUGUUCGUUGGACACUGCUUCACUGUAUCCGUCUUCUGAUGAUCUGGACAGUGUUUCUCAAUCAGAAAUUGCUUCGGGUUGCAAAGACCUCAAUCAUGUCAGGUUAUCUUCUUUGAUACCAGAACUAGAUAUCACCUCUGAAUAUAUUAAUUCAGACACACUUGUUGGAGAGAUGAACAAGUAUACAUCUCAAGAAGAAUAUAAUUUAAAUUUCUUUCCCCAAGGAAAAAAACAUAUAAACCUCACCAAACUAGACUUAAAUGUACAAAAACAUCCUGGAAAUGAGAAACAAGAUACACUAAAAUAUUUGGACAAUAAGAGAUAUACAGAAGGUCAAGAAAGCCAGAGCCAAGAAAUGAGGUGGAAUCAACCAAACAGACGGAAACGACAGAACUUUUAUCAGUUUCUUCCUUUGUUUGCUUUCCUGAGUCUCAGCCAAACGGAUCUGGAAGAACUUACUUACUUUUUCCCAGAGGACCAUGCUGAGGAUGUACAGCAAGAGUUUGUCCCCUCCUGGCCCACACCCUCUGGCCUCACUGAAUACAGCACCUUGAACCUCUGUCAGCAGACUCUUGCCAACUCCAGCAUAGGAAGACUCUGUGUUGCUUUUCUUGGCAAGAGACUAGACAGUGUUAUAGAUAUGUGUGUGAAGGACGUUCUGUUAAAAGAUGAUCUUAGCUGGGCAGAAGCAGGUGUGGCCCUGUUAGAAAAUGAAUGUGAAAAGAGGAUUGUGGAGGAGGGGAAAUAUAACACAGAACAGUAUGGCACGUCAAUUGAAGACAUUCUCUUAGUAUUAAAAUGCCCCAAUUUAUGCAGCGGCAACGGGCAGUGUAUGGAAUGGGGGUGUGUGUGUUCCCCAAACUUUAGUUCUUAUGAUUGCAGUGAUUCUGAAGACAAACCUCCUGAAAUUACAGAGCUUGGGAAUGCUGGAUUCUGUGAUGUUCAAAAGUAUGAUUGUAUGAUGGUGAGAGUCUUUGGAAAAGGCUUCAAAGAAUUACCUUCAACUAAAUGUGAAGUUACUAAGCUACAGUAUAAUGGCAGUGAAUGGAUGCCUGGAAAACCCAUCUAUACAAAGACUGUUUUCCAAAAUAGCAGAGCUGUUGAUUGUCAGCUGCCCAUUGAUGUUCAGCAGUUUGAUACCAUAGAUCUAGUGGGUGAGAAACCGAUUGGGAAGUGGCAGUUGAAGGUAUCUAAUGAUGGUUAUCGAUUCAGUAAUCCCAAAAUAAUGGUCAUAUAUGAUGGUGCUUGUCAAGUUUGUGGUCUCUAUAAAAAUGACUCAUGUACUAUAAAGGAAAAUGUUUGCAUUAUUGAUGGACUCUGUUACUUUGAAGGAAACAAAAGUCCAACCAGCCCUUGUUUGGUUUGUAGACCCAAAAUUUCAACAUUUACUUGGUCGCUUUUAGAAAACAACCAGCCCCCAGUGAUUCAAGCAUUGCAAGACAAGUUGCAGACAUUCUAUGGUGAAAACUUUGAGUAUCAGUUCAUGGCCUUCGAUCCAGAAGGUUCAGACAUCCAUUUUACAUUGGACUCUGGUCCUGAAGGAGCAAAUAUUUCCUCUGCAGGGCUUUUUAUGUGGAAAACGGAGUUACUAACUCCCCAACAGUUUACUCUACGCCUUAAUGAUGACUGUGAUGCAGAAACUAAAAUCACGAUUGAGGUGACUGUGAAGUCUUGUGAUUGCUUGAAUGGUGGAUCAUGUGUGUCUGAUAGGAAAUCUCCUCCAGGGAGUGGAGUGUACCUGUGUGUCUGCUCGCCUGGCUUCCAUGGCAGUCUUUGCGACGUGGACAUUAGUGGGUGCCAAUCCAACCCCUGUGGUCUUGGCCGAUGUAUUAGUGUUUUUCACAGUUAUUCCUGUGAUUGUCCACCUGAGCUCAAAGUUGAAACACAGUUUUUAAAUAAGUUUACUACACAAACUGUGGUUCUCACAAGAUCUGAUGAAAGUGUAAAUAAGGAAGAGGAUGAUAAAAAUGCCCAAGAGAGAAAGAGGCAUAUUAAGCCAACAGAUGGAAAUUCCCUUACCAUUUGUAGAUAUCCAUGUGGAAAAAGUAGGGAGUGUGUUGCCCCAAACGUAUGCAAAUGUAAACCUGGUUACAUUGGUUCUAACUGCCAAACUGCUCUUUGUGACCCUGAUUGCAAAAACUAUGGAAAAUGUAUUAAGCCUAACGUUUGUCAGUGUCUUCCGGGACAUGGUGGAACAACCUGUGAUGAAGAACAUUGUAACCCACCUUGUCAAUAUGGUGGCACAUGCAUGGCUGGCAAUCUCUGUACUUGUCCCUAUGGUUUUGUAGGACCAAGGUGUGAAACAAUGGUUUGUAACAGGCACUGCGAAAAUGGAGGCCAAUGUCUUACACCAGAUAUUUGCCAGUGCAAGCCUGGCUGGUAUGGACCCACCUGUAGUACAGCUUUGUGUGACCCUGUUUGCCUCAAUGGUGGUUCGUGUAAUAAGCCAAACACUUGCCUCUGUCCAAAUGGAUUCUUUGGUGCACAGUGUCAGAAUGCUUUCUGUCACCCUCCCUGUAAGAAUGGUGGCCGCUGCAUGAGAAAUAAUGUGUGCGUCUGUCGUGAAGGAUACACUGGUAGGAGAUGCCAAAAAAGCAUCUGUGACCCUAUGUGUAUGAAUGGAGGAAAAUGCGUGGGACCAAACACUUGCUCUUGUCCUUCUGGUUGGAGUGGGAAACAAUGCAACACACCUAUCUGCUUGCAGAAAUGUCAAAACAGUGGUGAAUGCAUUGCUCCCAGCGUAUGCCAUUGUCCUUCCUCCUGGGAAGGAGUGCAGUGUCAAAUAUCAAUUUGCAACCCCAAAUGUCUUUAUGGAGGCAGAUGCGUAUUUCCCAAUGUGUGUUCCUGCCGCACUGAAUAUGCUGGAGUCAAAUGUGAGAAGAAAAUACAGAUAAGACGCCACUGAGUAGCAUCAAGUAUAUGAAUUAAAAGCUGUAUCUUAAGAACGGAAAUGUGUUGUUCAGAAAAAGUUGGAGAAAACUCGAAGUUUAUUUGAACAUCAUUUAAAAAAUAUCUUAAAGACUAAAGAAACUAAUAAAAUAUAUAAUGAUCCUAGUUGUAAUUAUUAGAGAAAAGCAAAGAAGAAAUCCAUGUAAUCUAAAUUGGAUGUUGAGAUGGAAUCGAAUAUUUACACAUAGAGAUGAUGUAUCUGAUAUUCCAUCCAUUCGCAAUAUUUAAUAAACUGAAUGUUUUCUCAGCUCAGGACUGUGUCUGUAC